AUGGACAUUAAGGUAGUGCAAGAAGGAUUAUUAUCUCAAACACAAACAUCACUUCAAGAGCAUCUGCUGCAGCAACCCCAGAAACCACCAAAAACACCUGCACAAAAAGCCAUGAGAAAGACCUUCAAAGGAACAGCACAUUUAGCCAAGCUUCUCCCCACGGGUUCUGUUCUUGCUUUCCAAAUUCUAUCUCCAAUCUUGACUCACCAAGGGGAAUGCCGCACCAUCACAAGCAUAUCACUCACAUUAGGCCUUUUAACUCUUUGUGCAUUUGCUUGCUUUCUUUUAUGCUUCACUGAUAGUUUCAGAGAUGAAAGAGGUAAAGUUAGAUAUGGAAUGGCUACAUUCAAGGGUUUGUGGGUUAUCGAUGGACUGUCGCUAAAACUAUCACCAGAAGAGGCUGCGAAUUAUCGGUUAAGGUUUAUUGAUUUCUUCCAUGGGUUCAUGUCCAUGUUGGUUUUUGGAGCAGUGGCUUUGUUUGAUAAAAAUGUGGUGAACUGCUUCUAUCCUACACCAACUGAAGAGGCGAAGGAUCUGCUUGUUGUAGUUCCUGUUGGAGUUGGGGUGAUUUGCAGCUUUUUGUUCCUUGUAUUUCCCACAAAACGACAUGGAAUUGGCACUCCUCUAUCUCGUCAUUAG